GUUGCCAUCUUGGCGACGGCGCAGACGGGAGAGACGCGUUAUCACGCGGAGCGACAACUCCCUUUUCGACACCUGCGUCUGCACAGGGAUAAAAAAAAUACGGAGGAGGAAGCGCCGAGAAGGCAACGAUCUGCACCGGGAAAAGGAAAGGUCAGACGACGAGCGACGGAGGAAGGUAUCCGCUUACGAAGCAGACGGGUUUCGUCGAUUCGUCGAGGGGAGAGCUGGAGCCAUGGUAGGGUAAACGGCACAGCCACCGGAACGCCUGGAGGCACCGGCGUUGUCCCCUACCACACCAACCUUGCUCCUAGUCAUCCUAGGCUUCUCCGUUAGCCCCGGAACGACCCUACGAAAACACAGGGGGAAGGAUACUGCAACGCUCAGCGGGCCCGCGGGAGAAAGGAGACGAACACACGCAACCGCACAUCACUGCUUCGCCCUUCGGAACGACCCUUUCAAGCUUCGCUCUCAGUGACGUGCCGCUGCACCGCCUCGCUUCGCUGUACUGCAGUAGUGCACGCUUCGCCGUCGUUCCCGGAGUUUUUGAAGGAAGAGUGGAAUCGGGAACUGAGGGAUACAGGGAAAAGGGGUUCCUUUUCUGACGACCCCAUACGCGCGGGGCACAACGGCGAAGUCCCAUUCGUUUCUGCCUACCUCCUCAACUGCGAAAGAGAGUGUGCCGGAGAGACUUUUGCAUUCUUUCGUUCGCCGCAUCUGCUAGCUCUGUUUCCGUCGGUGUCAAGGAGGAGACGGGGAAGAGCUUUUUUGUUCGCAAAAGCCCCCCUCACCGAAAGAAACCAAGCACGCGUCGCAUAGACACCACGAGCCGGCACUUCUACGAUUGAAACGCAAGACGACAUGGCACCCCGGGACCAAGCGGCGGCCUCUAUCGACGGACUGCUGAUGCGGCUACGCAAAGCAGUCGCACCCGCCCUGGAGCCCAGAAGUGCCACCGCUCCGCCUGCCGCCCCCGAAUCGGCGCCCGCCGCGCCCCCACCGGCCGCGCCGCAACCGCCGCCGGCGGCGCCCGAAGCCUCGGCGCCCGCAGCUCCCGCGGCUCCCGUCGCCUCGCCAGCCGCGCCACCGCCCGGUGCGGGGGUGGUUGCCGCACCGUCGGGCGGCACGGCGCCGGCGGCACCUGCCGCGCCCGCCGCGCCCGCCGCGCCCGCCGCUGGUGUGGUGGCGGCCCCUGCCGGUGCCGGUGCUGCUGCUGCUGGUGCCGCCGGCUCGGCGGCGGCGGUUGGAGCGGUCGCGCAGAACAAUGCGACGUCCGUGGUGGCUGCUGCCCCCGAAGAAGAGGUCUUGGAGGAGAUGCUGCACAAGGCCUCCGACCUUACGCACAUUCCUCCAUGGGGCAUCGUGAUGAUCCUGAUCGCAGUGGCGCUGCUGCUGCUCUGCAUUUGCUUCUGCUGCCUGCGGCGCUGGUGUCGCCGCCGCAAGAAGGACGCAAAGAAGGGACUCAAGGGCGCCGUGGACCUCAAGGGAGUCCAGCUACUGGGCAACGCCUACAAGGAGAAGGUCCAGCCGGACAUGGAGGAACUACAGGACAACAUGGAGAACAACGAGGGUGACGGUGAGAGCAAGAAAUCCGAGGAGAAGCUGGGCAGGCUUCAGUUCAAGCUGGACUAUGACUUCAACACCAGCAACCUUGCCGUGACUGUGAUCCAAGCGGAAGACCUGCCUGGGUUGGACAUGUCGGGCACGUCCGACCCGUACGUCAAGGUUUAUCUCCUGCCGGACAAGAAGAAGAAAUACGAGACCAAAGUGCACCGCAAGACCCUCAAUCCUGUCUUCAACGAGACAUUCAACUUCAAGGUCCCGUACGCCGAGAUCACCACCAAGACGCUCGUGUUCGCCAUCUUCGACUUUGACCGCUUUUCGAAGCACGACCAGAUCGGGGAGGUCAAAGUGCCCAUGAAUACAAUUGACCUCGCUCAGACUAUCGAGGAGUGGAGGGACCUGACUGGCGUUGAGGGCGAACAAGGACAGGAAAACAAGCUGGGUGACAUCUGCUUCUCACUCCGCUACGUUCCCACGGCCGGCAAACUGACUGUAGUUAUCCUGGAAGCCAAGAACCUGAAGAAGAUGGAUGUUGGAGGACUCUCCGACCCGUACGUGAAGAUUGCACUGAUGAUGAACGGCAAGAGGCUGAAGAAGAAGAAGACCAGCAUCAAGAAGUGCACCCUGAACCCUUAUUACAACGAGUCCUUCACUUUCGAAGUCCCGUUCGAACAAAUACAGAAGGUGCAGUUGGUUGUCACGGUGGUCGACUACGACCGCAUCGGGACGUCGGAACCCAUCGGGAAGGUUGUGCUGGGCUGCAACGCUACGGGCACCGAGCUACGUCACUGGAUGGACAUGUUGGCCUCUCCACGCCGACCCAUCGCGCAGUGGCACUCGCUCAAGGAGCCCACGGACGGACAGGACAACUGAGCCAAUGCAGGCCUCAGAGGUGCAAAGCCAACAUAUAUAAAGGCCACCCUUUCCCCAGCACUUUACCGAGCGACUCUCAGCGUCGCCGGCCUAAGGCGUUGGCGAGUCGUUUGCUGUUUAUUGCACCGUUGUUGAUUGGUUCUUUCCCUCCCGUGUACCAUUGUUCCACACAUAUUCCUUCGUACGUGAUAAAUGUGUGCUCCUUGGUUCGAAGGCAGACGGGAGACGUGUAUAUAAAAUGUUACGCGGUCCGGGCAGUCAACGGCCGCAUUUGCGUUUUAUCGUUAAGCUGAAUGUCGAGCUCAUGUAUAACGGCUUCACAGUCGAAACGUUGCAAAUGUGUCCGUUUUAUCUCUGCUGCUGUGACGAGCUGUGUGUUCAUGCUGAUAAUUGAAACAUGACGUACUGUCCAAGGACUUACGAGGACGCCUAAAUUUAACCUAACGCAAGGAAAAGCGCUCAGCGCUAAUCCUGGUGCUUAACGUUAAAGUAUUAGGUAGCCAACGUACCCUCGACUAGGCUCGGGGCAUCAUAUUCUCCAAGUUUACGCGCAUCAUAGAAAAAUUAUAGUUAUGAAAAAAAAAUUACUUUCUAGAAUGUCCUGAGAUUACCUUAUUUAGUCCGUGCGGCUCGUGCGACGUCGUCAGUGAACUUUUGUAAAGUCUGAGUCGAGUCCACUGUCAGUGUUAUGCAAAGUUGUGCAGUGUGACAAUGCGUUGAGAUUGUACUGCCGCACAAGUGAAAGCUUUGGUUGCUCUGCUCAAGCGAAUUUCAUGACCAGGAUAUAGUUUUAUUGCUUCAGGAGCUUGUGUUUCUCAACUGUUCACGCACCUGCGGUCGUCAUUUGUGCCCUAAGGAUGUUUUCUUGUAUUUUUUAGUACGCACGUGUUUGUACGCUGUGUUUAUGCCUUCGUAGUUGCUUUCCCAAUUCGGACUGUUUUUAUAUAAAGAAUGCAGCAGUGCCUGAGUAUUUCUUUUUCUUAAGCCAGCCAAGACGAGUUAGUUUUUCUGACUGAACUUGUGCUCUCUUUCCUGUUGCGUUAUGGGUUCACCGCACUUCAUAGCACACAUGCUGAAGUUUCGAUUUCGAGAGAUGCAUUCGCUGCUUCAAUGCGUCUUCGUUCAUCGUGACACGGGUGUGAUAGGAGAGAAUCAACGUCUUGUGAAGAAUGUGAAUCACGUGGAGCGUGGAAGGUGAUGCUUCGAUGCUCGGUUGGAAGUUGUUAAUUAUUAUUUUUUCUUUUCCAAUGUGUAAAAAAAUAUUUUAUAAAUUAUUGGCCGAGGCAUUUGCCUAUCACGUUAGAGUUCAGAGUUGCCUUUCUGGUGGGAUUUCAAGUCCUUGAAAUUCUUAAGCACGUCAGAUUGGCGCACGUGGAAAAUGUCAAGCGCAGUACUAGAUCACUGUAGUUCACUGUAGCACUCUAAUCAUCAAGGCAUUUUUCCAUACUGGCAUCAUCUGCCGGAAGCUGACGCAGCAAGGAUGUGUUCCAUAUGACUUUUGUUGGCCAGGCGAGUCACCUGUGACUGUAAAGGAUUACGGCCUUUUUUAGUGGAAGAUAUUGUUCGUCUCGCUUAUGAAAAAAAAAAGGGAAUCACGUAAUAAACUGCAACAUCAUUCUUGAAUGUCUCCACCGUGGCCGUUUCGCAUUUUCUUGACCCUUGAAUCCUUUGCUCACGAAGGUUAUUUUCGUUCCAAUACUUGUCUUUCGUUUUUGGACGCUCCACGUUUAUGUUCAUGCAGUGCGGCUCACGGCGGCUGCACUAUAGAGCUAAGCAUAUAUCGACUUUUGUAUAUCGAAGUUGACGACGCGCGUUAUUUAUCCUAGCAAGUCUAAUAGGUAUAGGCGCACGCGCUUCUUGAACAGAGUGUAUCGUAGAUGCAGUGCUGUGGUGUAUAAUGUGCGAUAGGAUUCGAAGUAUGUGAAGUAUACGUGAAUUCUCGAAUGUUUCUCUCAAGUUUUUUUUUUCGUGAAUACGCACUUGUCGUAAGUUAUUCGCACGUGCACUGUGUCUUCUUGGAGAAGCAGUAAAAAACCGUGAAUGAUUCUUCCAUGCGUGCCAUGUGUCGAGGUCAAUGACCCCGUAUCGUCUCGUCGGAGGAACUUGACUUGUCUCGCGAACGCUGUAAAAAAAAUUUUCUUGAUUUCAUUUUAUUGUUAGUUGAGGUCAUUAUUCUGCGGUAGCUACAACGUAGUGACUGAGUUGACUCUGUUGAAUGCAGUGUUUUUGUUUUGGAAUGGUGCGGGGCGCGUAGAGCCUUGUGUUUUUUUAUAACUGAUGUGUCUGCAACACAUCGCGAUGCUGUGCGUUUGCUUUGUACAUUCUGCCUUUCUCAACUCUCCUGUGGAUGUGAAGGCGCGCAUAAUUAUGUUUGCACAGCUGGCUGAUGCUGAUUUGUCCUCUAGGCAUUGUAUUUUCGAGAUUGUUUUCUACGUAUGUUUACACUCUUAUGCCUUUUGUUUUCUUGAGUACACGCCACAGUGGUUCUCAUGUCUGUUACAAUGUUUGCCUGUCAUUUUUAUUCUAACUUGAGAUCCUGUCACCUUCUGGUCACCUCGAUUCACGGUUCUACAGAACUGGGGUUACCACCCAAGUUCGGCGAAAAACCUUCUAAGGCUCUUGACACGGGAAUAAAAGCAGCCUUUAGAUUUUUCCAGACGCUAUAAAUUUCAAAACACGCAGCUUCACCGAGGAGCUAAAAACAAGUUGUCUCCUGACAAGUCAGUAAGUUCAUUCAUUUGCCAAUAUUAGAUAAUUCCUCGGCCCUUCUUGUAAGCCGUAAGGUGGACUGAAUAUGUGGUGUAACUGUUUCUUUUGAGGAAGUACCGUGAACAGCAGUCAUUCCUAAUUUCUGUACGGCCACAGCUGUUUUUGUCGUCACAAAAGCUAUAGUUUGACAUCAACGCCUUCUUCUCGCAAAAUGAGAGCGUUGCUUCUUCUACCUCCCUUACGGCGCCCUUCGUGCAAAUUGCCCACUUCCGUGCAGUUAAAUUGCCUCGUGACACUGCUUUCCUUCCAGAGGCUCUGUAUGCACAGUAGCACGAUUGCACAUUUCAACUUUUUAUCGAGUGUGCCUGUCUAGCGUGAACUGCGAGAGGUUGUUGAAGAUGAUUUCCUUUUCUUGACCUUUGAAUCUUGGCAAGAUCACGUGACUCUCUCUGCGAGAGUUUGCCGAAAGCACUGACGCUUAUAUCUAUGCCUGCUGCGUUUCCACGCUUCUUGUCCGGCGAGUAACAGCUACCCUUCCGCUACCCGCGCUUGCCACUGCGGCGACCAUGGACGACGUCGCUUCUGGCCUCCAUACUAACGACAAAACAACAUUCCAGCUUCAUACUGAUCUCACUUAGCCGGAAUCGCCUCAUAACGCACGAAUCUUGAGUGAAAAUGCUCACUGCGCGGCUAUGAGUGACCUAGUCGCUAGACUACGAGGGUAAAAGGAAAAAAGUCAGCAGAGACCCCACUUCGAGCGCGGGUGAAUUACUGCCUCACAUCAUGCGUACGAAACACUUGAGUAUCAAACUUUGAUGCUCUUGCUUUGGUAGCAAGAUUUUCGAAAUCAAAGGGUCGUUCAUGCGAGGUCUAGAUCAUACACGGGCAUUCACAUCACACAAGUCUAGAAGCGCGUUUCUAUCAUUUCUUUAUCUUAUCAUAUCUCGCACUCUAUUGCGUUUUUGUUUAAAAGCUUGAAGGCGCAAUGACGCCGCCGGCUCAUUUGCCUUCAAACCAGCAAGAAUCUCAGAAAACGUAUGUUUAACCCUUAAAAUGUGAAUUUUAAACAGCUAUUACCUAACUAUUUUUUGUGUGAAGCCGUUAAAAAUUGCUGAAUCAAUCUUUUGCAAAAUGAGAGAUGCUCAGCAAUGAGGCGCCAACUAAGUUGAUCACGGGCUAUUUGAAAGCGCAGUAGUACAAAAUUUUGGCUUGUGUGGCAUUUUUACAACGCCAACGGCUCUCUACUUACAAAUAACUUAAGGGCAGUUCGCUGGCUUGGCUUAUAACGGCUUCUCGUUAGCCGGCUUUGAGCAUUUCCACUCGGGUAUUCCCUCUUGUGGCUUCUGGGCAGCUGUAGGAUCCUAGCGUGCUUAGUGCGUUGCUGUUAAAUCUGUCAUAUCACGUCACAGAAAUGCAGUCUAACGGUGUUAACAUGUCUGUUGGUGUACAUGUUUAUUGGUUUGUUAACCCUCGCGUGCUGGUGUGAUAGCACCAUUCUUCGCCUUCGCAUGCACAUAACUGUGUUAUCGAUCCCUAAACCCCUGUGCAAAGUGCUGCAACCUAGAAGACUUUUCUUGUUCAUAUUAUCCCUUACGCUGUAUUACUGACACAAAGACCUCCAAUUUUCUAUUACACGUAACGAAGUAUAGGGUAUUUUCACAGCUAUCCGUGAUGGAUAUUGUUCACAAGCGAUAACCCUGUUAACGUUCCCUUUGUGUCAGAGAUUUCUGCGCCUGAAUUUUCAGAACGAAUCAUGGCAGAUUUCCUUCUUUUUAACUUUCAGGCGUGAUUAAAUGAAAUAGGUCCUUAAACAAGAAUAUUGCAACAAUGUUUGUUUGCUUACUCGUGCAUUAGGGCCUUUUUUUAGAAUGCGAAUUUAUAGGAGCAGUGCUUCGACCAUUUCUCUCCUAUGUGAUGCAAGGGUUCAUAAUUUUAUCCUUAUCACUAUAAUUUCCUUGUGAUUUCAUAAUGCCAGACGAAACAUGAGACUCACAUGAGCAUCUAUAGAUCAGUGACCGCUUUCAGCUCGAUUACGGCGCGUAACAUCUCUCUAUGGCAAGCCUAGGUUUUCAGCAACGCUCACAGUGCAAUUCAGCUGUUCCUGCUAAACACAAGUGUCUGCUUCAAGCUAUUUCACGUUUGUUGCAGUAUGUUACUCAUUGACCACUUGUACACUUGUCGCGUUUUAGUAUAGAUUAGAAACAAGCUACACAAUUCGUAAGAUAUUCAAAGCUAACGAAUGGUAAAAAUGUAUAAGCAUUGAUUAGGGAGCACCGUUUACCAGGUAUGUUGUGCAGGCAGAACCAGCUCCUCCAGGAGCCAUCGAACGAUCUGCAGUAUUACACUUACACUUUCUCGCCAAUUAAACUAUAAAACAGACAGAGAAAGUUGCCCAUAAUAUAGAGAAUGAAAAGCGAAUGCUUGACUCUGCAGCUUAAAGCAGCAUUCACCCUGCUGAGCUGAAGUCUAGCGCAGUAGUUCUGAAUUUAAUCUUCCUGCCAGUGUAGGCUGUAACAUACGCACCCGCUUUCUUCGUCUCAUGCAGUAAUUGCAAAGACUGCACAGUUGUGCGUGCCUGUCGUCAUAAAUGCCUUCAGCAAAGAAAGGCUUAUUGCACACUCAUUUAGCUUUUCUCGUCUUGACAUUCUAGGCAGAAAUUGAUGCACUCAUACGUUUUGAUGGAACUAGAAAACUUCGACGCCUGGACUGACCAUGGUACACUCCAUUAAAAUAUGUAGUGCUAAAAACUCAUUUUGCCGGAGUUAUAACUCCAUCUUCGUGUGUUCUCAUACUCACUGAUGGCGUGUGUGCACACUGAUUGAGCAAAAGAAUAUCCAGCGUACUGUGUCAAAACGGUGAACAUUCUCUGUAGGGUAUAAUUAGGUUUCUAAGACGCGUAGUUAAGUUCAGGUUAAGCAGUUAUCCUCGCAAAAGGAGUUGUCAUAACAUUUUUUUUUCUGUUCUCCGAGUGCGAUGUGACCUGUGCUUUUGCCCGGCUCGAUCACAGAUGGUUUAUUUCCACAGAUUCCGAGACCAUCUUGAAAAGAAGUGGCACAAAAUACGACCACACAUAAGACUAGACGACAGGUGCACCUGUCCUGUCAUCUGUCGCCUUUCUUUUGUGCCAUUUCUUCCGAAAUGAACCCAUACCAGCUAGGCCUUGCUCCGACAGCUUUAAGAAGUUUCGCAAAGGCAACCUAGCAAGUGAUGCACGACCUUACGGCAUUGAAAUGAAGGGUAUUGAAAAGAUUUUUUCAUUUCACAGUGGUUUAGUUGUCCCCACGUUUACAACCACGGUUGUGAGCCGCUGUACCCGUCAAUGGAUUCUGAGGUGUUCUAGUCAAGUGCGAGCACUUUCUUGUUUAUUUUCUUGUUUGCGAGAUGUAUAUCUUGUAUCAUAGUGGAAUGACGCCGUACCGUGCAACGGGUGUCCAUCAUCGCCCGCAGUAUACUGACGUAAACACCUUCUACGCAAGACCCCCCCUACUCAAACGUCGGACAAGGAGACUUGCACCUACGUGUAUCACUGCAUACUUAAUUCUAUAGGGCGGUGUAAAGUUAUGUACAUAAUCGCAUCUUUGUGUCAUAGUGUCUGCGCCUGACCGGUUGACUCUUCGUGAAGGUUGACUCGUUUCGUUAUUGUUUCGUUUUUGGUUUCCAGCUUGUGGUCAAUAAAUUUACUCUGAGAAGAAAUCUC